CCUAAACCCCGUGGGAGGGAAGAACUAGGGUUUGUAGAAAAUGAGCGUGAUCUCGCAAUACAGGGCGGGAUGCCAGCUCGUUUGAUGGAGUAGAAUGCGGGUGCGUCGAAGAUCAUUCAUUUUCUUGGAAGAAUCGGGUUCCAAGGGAUCAAAAUCUUCGCGAUGGAGUAGAGAUUUUGGAUGAAAAAUGCGGGUGUGGAGAUCUUUCGUUUUCUUGGAAGAAUCGGGCACCAAGGGAUCAAAAUCCUCUUCGCUGGUCGCAAUCUCUGCCAUAUCAAGUCGAUACACAUUUCACAGUGGUCUUCUGGAGAGCUUGCAAGCCGUAAUGUGGCCCAUGGGCGGUGUGAUUCUUCUCGCGACGAGGUAAGAGCUUCUUUGCUGGCUGCUAUCAAGGCAUGCACAGUGUCGAGAGACUUAGACAAGGGGAAAGUCUGUCACGCAGAUGCUACAAAGACCGGGGAAGCCUCAAACUUCUUUGUGGCUAGCAGCCUUCUCAACAUGUACGCCAAGUGUGGCAGCAUGGAAGAUGCUCGCAAAGUCUUCGACUCCAUUCCUCGCCACAACGUCGUGACUUGGAACACUUUGAUCCUCGGCUAUGUGGAGAUCGGUGAAGAACAAGUAGCUUUGGAUGCUUUCCAUCGCAUGCAAGCUCAAGGGUGUGUUCCCGACGCGAGAAGCAUUGUUUCUGCGAUCAAGGCGUGCACUGGUCUUGCAGCCAAGGAAUCGCCCAAGCAAAUUGGAGAAAAGCUUGUGAAAAUCGAGGCUUUGCAGAAGGGCCUGGCUAUUCACGCUCAAGUUCGACGCAGCACUGGCUUACAAGACGUUUUCGUCGCGAGCACUCUCGUCAGUAUGUAUGCUAGAUGUGGAAGCUUGGAAAACGCUCGGAUGGUGUUUGAGAAGAUGCCUUGUCACAACGUCGUUUCCUGGAACGCUAUAAUUCUUGGGACAGUGGACAACGGAGAAGCAGAGGCGGCAGUAGAGCUAUUUGCGAGAAUGCGGCAGACUGGAGCUCCACCGAAUUUUCUUACGUUCGUCGCGGCCCUGAAAGGCUGUGCAAACCUGUCAGGGGACGAGACUCAAGUCAGUGGAAGGCCGUGUAAGCUCCGGGUUUUAGAGACGUGCAUGGAUCUCCACAGUGAAGCUGCGAAGUUUUGCUGCGACUCCAACAUAUUUGUCGCAAGCUCGCUGGUCCAGCUCUACGCAAAGUUGGGAAGCAUGGUGGAUGCUGGAAGGGUGUUUGAGAGAAUGGCGUGCUGCGAUGCCGCUACUUUCAAUGCCUUGGUGCUGGGGUAUGUCGAGAAUGGAAAAGAGCAGCUUGCUCUCGACUUGUUUGCAAAGAUGGAAGCUAUAGAGUCCGGGACCAACGCGCAGUCUUUCGUUGCGGCCUUGAAGGCUUGCGCUAUUCAGGCAGCUAUGGAGAAAGGAAGGAAACUAGAUGGCAAACCCGUGAAUAACGAGACUCUGAGAAAAUGCGUCGACAUCCACUCUCGAGCUGCCGAACGGGGAUACGAGUCGCACAUGUUCGUGGCCAGCAGCUUAGUGGAUUUGUACGCGAAGUGUGGUGAUGUCGCUGCAGCUCGCAAGGUUUUCGAGAAGAUGGUUUGCAAAGACGUGGUUUUGUGGACGUCGAUCAUGCUGGGACAUGCGGAAAAUGGAGAAGGGGAACAGGCAAUGGAGCUUUUCCAACGCAUGAAGUCCGAAGGGUGUGCUCCAGAUGCUCUGACGUUCGUGGCCGCACUCAAAGCUUGCAUUGCUCUAGCAUCGAGAGAGGAGUCCAAGGAAGUGGAUGGAAGGCUGGUGAGGACCGAGUCACUGCAACUGGGAACCGAGAUUUACUUGCAAGCCGUCAAGAGCAACUUCCACACUGACAUGCUCGUCUCAAACACCGCGAUGGAUUUUUAUGCCAAGUGUGGGAGCAUGCUGGAUGCGAGAAGGGUGUUUGACGGCAUGGCUUCACGCAGCGUCGUCUCCUGGACAGUGAUGGUUCUCGGCUACGCUGAAAACGGGGAGGGAGAGCUAGCCUUGGAGUUUUUCGAGCGCAUGAAAACUCGAGGCUGCUCUCCAAACUCUCGGACGUUCGUUGCAGCAUUGAAGGCCUGCUGCUGCCUAGCAGAAAAAGAAGAAGCCAAGCAAUUCAACGGAAAGCUCGUGAAGGUGAAAACGCUGCAGAGAGGAACGGGCAUUUACUCUCAGGCCGUCGAGAGCUGCGGUGACUCUACCAACAUUUUUCUCCUCAACACGGUGUUGGAUAUGUUCGUGAAGUGUGGAAGCAUGGCAGACACACGGCAGCAUUUCGAGAAGAUGGAAAACAGGGAUGUGAUAUCCUGGACUGUGCUGCUGCUGGGAUACGCCGACACCGACGAGUUUGAGGCCGUGCUAGAGCUGUUUGCGAGGAUGCGAGACGAAGGCAUCACUCCAGAUCCUCUCACUUACGUCGCUGCUUUCAAGGCCUGCGCUGGCCUGGCGUCGAAGGAAGAGCCGAAGCAAAUGGAUGGCAUGCUCGCAAAGCUCGGAUCACUGGACAAAGGGAUGGCUGUCCAUUCGCAAGCCGCUAGUGGAGGCGACGACACGAAGAUCUUCGUGGGAAACACGCUGGUGGACAUGUACGCAAAGUGCUGGAGUGUGCUCGACGCUCGUCGAGUGUUCGACAAGAUGGAGUCCCACACAACCGUCUCGUGGAACGCCUUGAUCCAGGGAUACGCCGACGGCGACCAAGGUGAGCUAGCUCUCGAGAUCUUCUUCUGGAUGCAAGCUAACGGGUUUGAGCAGGAUCCCCGGACUUUGGCCGCGGCGCUCAAGGCCUGCGGUAGCGUCGUCGCCAUGGACACCGGCAAAGCGAUCCACGCUCGUCUCUCCCGUCACGGCCUGGAAGACGAUCCAGUUCUCGAGACAUGCCUGGUCGACUUCUACGGUAAAUGCGGCUGCAUGGUUCAUUCCCGGCAUGUCUUUGACAAGCAAACUCGCAGGGACUCGGUGGCUUUCGCGGCGCUGAUCUCGGGAUACAGCCGACAGGGAGACAUGGAAAACGCUGCUGGAAUGUUUCGGCAAAUGCGGCACGAAGAACUCAAGCCCGAGGCAGUGACUUUCGUGUCGCUGCUCACUGGAUUCAGCCACGCCGGCCUGGCCGAUCGAGCAAAGAGCUACUUCCAUGCGAUGGAGCCGAGGUAUGGAGUUUCUCCAGGCAUCGAGCACUACGUUUGCAUGGUCGAUAUCCUUGGCAGGAACAACGAGCUCGAAUCAGCAGUGGCGAUGGUGGAGUCGUCCAAGCUCUUGGAAGAAUCGCCAUCGAAUUCUUCCGUGGCCUGGACGGCGAUUCUCAGCGCUUGUCACAAGUGGAAGAAUGUGAAGAUCGCGAGGCUGGCCUUCCAAAACCUCCAAAGGCUGGACGCGGCGUACGGACCGGCGUACGUCCUCAUGGCCAACAUCUAUGGCGGAACCGACGACUAGGAUUUAAUAGAGUAAAUAGCGGGGCCUUUAGAAGAUUCGAACCCCCACUUUCCCGGCUAUUAUUUAAAGGAACCAGUUAAAAAACAAAGCUAAAGGUAGGGCUCGGGGGCCCCUCCCCUUUUA